AUGAAUACUUACAGCUCUGUUAAGUAUAACUAUAUUAAAUAGCUAGAUCCUUCGACUCUUAGAUUCAGGGAAGAAGAAUGUAAGAGCCAAACAUAGCAGUAAUGCAUUAAAGACAUUAAUAAAGUCCAAAAUAUCACUCUCCAGAAUCUAAUUUGGAUAAUUUUGUGAAUUUGAAAGCAUUCGAACAACCAAAAAUAUUAAAAAAGAAAAAGUUAACAUAAGGAUAAUAAGGAAAACCAAAAGUUUAGAUUUAAUAGAUAAAAAAACCUGCAUAAUAAUCAAUGUCUGUGAAAAAAUAAACAAAGAGGGUUAUUUCUCCAAAAAAAAAGAAGGCUCACACAGUUGAUUCAAAGUAGUAAAUGAAAGUUAUAAAACCUUCUUAAUAAUAAAGAAGAGAAGAAUUAGGUUUAGGUUAACUAAAUGAAAAAUAAAUUAAACAACGAAUUAGUAUUAUUCAAAAAUAUAAUUAGAAAAAAUCAAAUCGAAGACUAAAAUAGUAGAACCAUAAUUGAAGAAGAAAAUCUACUAACCAAAUUAUGAGAUUUAACAUUACAUGGUCCAAAAAAAAACAAUUGACAAUACAAAUAGCAUUCAAAAAUAAAUGAUUACUCUAUUGGAUAAAUAAAGAAAGUAAGGUAAUCCAAUUAACAAGAUUGGAGAAUCUGGCCAAGUUGAAUGAGUCUGUUAAAGAGAUUUUCAAAAAGUGUAAAACCUUAGAGAAUUCACAACCACAAACACCAAAAGUGAAUAUAAAGAAAAAGAAAUAUGAAAUUCCUAUUGAUAUACAAUUAAAAAAAUAAUAGUCAUAGGAUAUAAAAAAAUGUAAAGAAGAUAAAAUUAAUUAAGAAUCAAAAAAAUAAAAAAAUUAAGAAUAAAUUAAAUUGAAAAAAUAAUAUGAAGAUCUUAAUCAUAGAUAUUAAUAACUUACAAAUCCUGAAACUAAUUUAGAUUCAAAUAAUUAAUAUAUAGAAGAAAUUGAUGAUGAAGAUUAAGAAGAUUAAUAUUCAUAAAAUAGCAAAAAUUAAUUCACUGAAAUGAUUGUUGAUACUUUAUCUAAAAUUCCGCCAACUUAAUUUUUAAUUGACAAAAUUAGAGAAAGAUUAGAAUAAUAAAAUGAUUUAGACCCAAAUGAACUUACUGGUUAAGAUUAUUUAGUUUUCUUAUAUCAUUUUAUGAAUGAGGCUGCAACUAAAUUAUAAAGUGUUUGGAGAGGUUACUCAAUUAGAAUGCAAUUACUAAAUGAAUUAUAAGAAAUGUUAGAAUAACAAUAAAAUGAUUCUAAAAAUUAAGAUGAAGAGUAAGAAGAACAUUUAAGAUAUAAAUAACCUCCUUUAGUAUUAAAAUAAGAAUAAAAAAAUGGUUAGUAAAAACAUUAAAUUUAAGAAAUAAAUUAAUAAUAAAAAAUGCCAAAAUCAAUAUUAAAUAUUAUAGCUCAAGAUGGAAUAGUAUCAAAUUAAACUAAGUAAUAAUAAUAAUAAUAAUAAUAAUAAUAAAAAGAGUUAUAGUAAAAAUUAUAUUAAUAAUAGUAAUUUGAAGAUUAAUAACAAAAAUAAUCAUAAUAAUAAUAAUUAAAAGAUAUACCAUUUUAGAAUAAAAAUAGAUAUGAUAAAAACUUCUCUGAUUAAACAGAUGACUUAGUCAUUAUUUAGCAACCUAAUAGCCCUGCAAAUUAAGAAAUUUAUUUCUAUAAUCCUUUUGGAUAAAAUUUUAAAUAGUCUUUAGAAAAAUAAAUUCAUUACUCAAAUAUUAAAAGUUCUAUAGUAAGUGAGGAAGAUUAAAAAAGUGCAUUGUCUCAAUCUGUAAUAUAGUAAAUUUAAUAAGAAUUAGAGUUAUGGAAUAGUUAGAUUGAAAAUAUUAUAAAAUAAGAUCCAGAAAAGUAAGCAUUUGCUAAUGUAAAAUAAUAAAUGUCUUAAACAAUAUUAAACAUAGUAUCAUAGCAUAUGAGAAAAUAGAAAGAAAUAAAGACUCAUGAAAGAAAGGAUUCUGAAUAAUCAGUGGAUAUGAGAAUCAGAAGUUAACUUGAAGCUAAUAAUGAAAAAACAUUUAAUGAUGCUCGUAAAAGAUUGUAAAAGACACAUGAAUAAAGUGUAGAACAUUUGUAAUUAUCAUCUAAAGAGAAUGAUGUUAAUCGAUCAUCAUUAAUGUCAUUAUAAUCAUAAUUAAUGAGAAAGGAAACUGAAUUACUAAAUAUGAGAGAAGAAGCUAUUCAUUUAAGGUAUAAAGCAGAAUUGAAAAAAAUAAAAGAUAAUCAAAUUAAGAAAUUAGAGCUCGAAAAUUGGUUAGAAAAAGAAAAGGAAGACUUAAAAAAUACAAAAUAGGCAAUAGAGAUAAGUAGAAAAAGAGAGGCAAAAGCAAUUCAAAAAAUAUAAAGAGAUUUAUAAAUAGUUUAAACUUUUGAUGAAAACAAUCCAAAAUUACAGAGUUUAAAAAAAUAAGUUGAUGAAUAACUAUGUUAAAGUAGUACUAUAAAAUCAUAAAAAUAAAUUGGAUCAGAUAUUAUGAUUAUUAAUCAUUUUGAUGUUGAAUAACAUGAUGAUUUAGAUGAAAUGCCAGAAACAUAUUCAGAAGAUUUACAAAAUGAUAAUUUAGAUUCAAGAAACUUAUUGAGAUAAAAUAUUAUUGAAUCUGAUAAAUAAAUAGAGACUUAUUAAACAUUAAGUGCAAUAACAAAUGAUAUCUUGGAUGAAAUUGUGCAGAAUUUAACAGAAGGUAUGAAAAAUUAAUUAAUUUAGAAUUACUUGUUAAUAAAGAUCAUUUUGAAUUUAUAAUUUCAAAUUUGAUUAGUCAAUCAGUAAUACCUUAAUUGCCUAUUUCAAUUAAAGAUAUUAAAACUUAUAUAAAAUAAUUAUUUUAAUAUAUAUUAGAAAAUCAUAUAGAAGAAUUAAUUUAAAAUCUUAACAUUCCAUAUGGAUUUACUCCUUUUAAAAGAAUGUAAUUAAUACAUGGAUAUGAUAAUGAUGAUGAAGAGAUUGAAGAUGAAUUUCAUUAAAAUGAAGAAGAUAUAUAAAUUGCAUUUCCUUUAGAUGAAAAAUUAUUUUAAGAAUUUGAAUCUUAUAGAUUACAACUUGAAAAUGAACCUAAUGAUAAUGUUUAAUUUGGAAUGAAAGAAUUAGAACAUAUCCAUAAUAAAGCUGUAUUUGAUGCAUGUAAUGAGGCCUUGAAUUAUGAAAGACCUAAUUUUACCAGUAUAAAAUAAUCUUAUAAUUUUAGAUUCUGGUCUACCAUACCCUUGGUAAAAUAAAUCAAAUUAAUUAAUUAUUGAAAAAAAAGAUUUAGAAAAUAUUCUGAAAAAUAUGGAAAGCAAAGUUAUAAAUUGGUCUCGCACUCUUGGAGGUUUUUUACCUAUUGAGGAUGAUUCAUAAACACCUGAAGAAAAAUAAGAAAUUCUAGAUGAAAAAAAUUAACAAAUGAUGAUCCAAUAAUUAAAUUAAUUGGAAAAUCCAUUGUUAUUUGAUUCUCAAUUGUCUUAAUAAAUGUUUGACAAUAUUGCCUAGAUAAGGGAUGAAAGAUUAUAUAAAAUGCUAAUCUAAGAUGUUUUAAUUCUAAAUUAUUAUAGAUUAAAGAAAGUGAAUUCCGAUGGUAUUUAAUUGAAGAUGACAGAACUGAAUUUUUAAUGGAACUUGGAGAUAUAAUAUUUGAAUAGUUAGUAGAAGAAAUGGCAUCAGAAUAACACUAAUUAUGA